AUGAGUUGUAACCAAACUAGUUCAAAAACACUUUCCAUUUAAAUUAUUUUGGAUCCAACCAGCCACAGUUUUUGAUGUUCAUUUUUAUAGAUUCACUUAUUAUUCUGAUUCUUUCAAAAAAUGUGCUGAUAAGGACAAAUUAAUAGAGUUACCAGGAUUGCAACCACUUAGUACAAUUGAUUUUCCUUCUUUUGUAUUUGAUGACUUGGAAAGUACCAAUUGGGAAGCUGAGUCUAUUAAAAAUCAAAUUGAAAUGUUGAAUAGUGAAGAAAACCUAAGAGUUCUUGUAAACACUUUUGAUGCUUUGGAAUUUGAUGCUUUAAAAAUCUUAAAACAUGUGACUAUGAUUGGAAUCGGGCCAUCUAUUCCUUCAGUUUUUCUUAAAGAUAAUAUUUUUCGAGCGGAUAUGAUUGAGAUUAGUUCAAAAAAUUAUAUGGGUUGGUUGAACUUAAAGGAUAAAGGAUCAGUUAUUUACAUAGCAUUUGGUAGUCACUCCGAAAUAUCAAGUCAAUUGCUGGAGGAGAUUGGUCAAGGGUUGCUAAAAUGUGGAAGACCAUUUUUGUGGGUGAUUAGAGAAGGGAAAGAUGGAUAUAAGAUAGAAGAACAAUUAAGUGGCAAAGACAAACUUGAAAUGCAAGGAAAGAUGGUAAGUUGGUGCUCACAAGUGGAAGUUCUCAAACACCCUUCUGUUGGUUGUUUUCUGACUCACUGUGGAUGGAAUUCGACAUUGGAGAGUAUAGCCUCUGGGUUACCUAUCGUCGCAUGUCCGAUCUGGAAUGAUCAAGUUUGUAAUACAAAGUUCAUUCAAGAUAUUUGGAAGAAUGGUGUUAUACUUAAUGUUAGUGAAGGUGGUGUUGUGGAAAGAUAUGAGUUCAGUAGAUGUAUCGAGAUCGUGAUGGGAGGCAGCAAAGAAGGGAAAGAAAUGAGAAGAAAUGCCAAGAAAUGGAGUGAUUUAGCUAAGGAAGCUAUGAAAUAAAAUGGUACAUCAAGUGUGAAUCUCCAGAAUUCUGCUAAUGAGAAUUUACUUGGUCAUAAUGAUUACUAAGUUAUUCAUCAAUAGAUGACUUGAAUAAAAUAGUCUGUAAUUAGUUGUAGCUUUUGUAAGAGCCUUUUCUCCAUUUCAGAAAAAUAAUGAUUUUUCUUAAAAUUAUUUAGAAUGAAAUAUUUUUCUUAGUUUUUGUUUCUGUA